AUGCGGGCAUGGCGACGCUCAUUCUCGACGUCCGUCGUGAAACGAUACUCUCCUUCAAGCUCGUUAGCAGCUAAUCAAUUACGAUGCGCCGAACUCUUGAAUGCGACAACUACGACGACGACGGACGCCAUAGACCAGGAAUUGAAAGCGCAUAAAUACGAAAACGAGGAAAUUACCUUAAAAGGAUUUAUUCGAUCAGUCAGGAAACAGAAGCGAUUUGCGUUCGCGGAGAUAUCGGAUGGGUCGACGGUCAAGUCGUUGCAGGCUAUAUUGACGCCGGAGCAGGCUGCUGAUUUGUCAACCGGAACGGCGAUUGAGAUAUCUGGAAUAUGGAAAGCAUGUCCUGCUGGGAAAGAGCAAACACAUGAAUUGCAGACUUCGGAGAUACGGAUCGUUGGCGAUGCGGAUGCUGAGACUUAUCCAAUUCAAAAGAAAUAUCACUCCUCGGACUUUCUACGACAAAUCCCACACCUACGAUUACGAACACCCUUCAGCUCUCUCCUCGCCCGCUUCCGCUCAGAAACCAUAUACCAGUUAGGACAAGUGUUUAGGUCCGUCCCACAAGGAGGCUUCAUACAAGUGCAGCCGCCAUUGAUCACAUCAUCAGAUUGCGAAGGUGCAGGAGAAACAUUCACAUUAUCCCCACAAUCAUCUGGGCUGCCUCUAGAUUCUCCAAAAGGAUCUGAAGAAUUGGAGUAUUUACAUUUCUUUCGCAACCCGAAAUAUCUCACAGUCUCAUCACAACUUCAUCUGGAAGCAUAUGCUGCUGAGUUGGGAAAUGUAUGGACAUUAUCACCGACGUUUCGUGCGGAAAAGAGUAAAACGCCGCGCCAUCUGAGUGAAUUUUAUAUGCUGGAGGCUGAAGUGAACUUUACGAAUGAAUUACCCGCUUUGUUGGAUUUGGUGGAAUAUUUAAUCCGGGAUCUUGCGCGCAGACUGUAUGAUACCCCUGUUGCGCAAGAAGUGCUAUCGGCCAAGCGAACGGGCGAGUCUGGUUUGGAUAGUAGCGAUGAUGUACAAGGGAUCCUUCGCAGGAGGUGGGAGGUAUUACUGUCCGAGACAAUCAGCUGGCCUCGAAUCACAUAUACCCAAGCAAUCGAAAUGCUUCAAGAUGCACAAGCCAAUCACGGAGCAUCAUUCGUCUACCCACCAUCAUGGUCCGAAGGCCUUCAGACCGAGCAUGAGAAAUAUAUCGUCGACACUAUUUUCAACGGUGUUCCCGUCUUUGUGACUGAUUACCCGCAGAAAGUAAAACCAUUCUACAUGGCGCCUUCAGAAGGUGCUGACGCUGGACAUCCGGACCAAGCGACGGUGGCUUGUUUCGAUUUACUCUUCCCUGAGAUUUGUGAAGUUGUCGGUGGCUCGCUGCGUGAGCAUCGGUUAGCAGAACUAAUCAGCAAGAUGCGCGAGUACGGUUUGAUCAAACAAGGCCCCCAGUCAUCGAAACUAAUGGAUGACAACGAGAACGAACAUAUCCUUGCUCUCUCAAAGAAUUACCCAUACUUGCAACCCGGUGAAACACUCGGUCAUUUACAAUGGUACGCUGACCUCCGUCGAUGGGGCAGUGCGCCACACGGCGGGUUCGGGCUGGGAUUUGAUCGGUUACUGGGGUAUUUGGCUGGAGUUGGCAGUUUGAGGGAUGUGGUUCCUUUCCCAAGAUAUUUCGGGCGAGCCGAUUGUUAA